UUGUGAUAUGAUGAGGGAGUGGAUGAGCUGUUUAGUGGUUUCUUGGGUUGGGAAUGAGCGUAUUUUGGUGAUGUUGCGGAGGUGGAGUCUGCAUGAGUUUCCCAGGGUCAGUAGGACCAUGAGAUGCCCCUGGUACCUUUUUGAUAGGUUUUUUUGAGGGUGGACUGACCAUUUAGAAACUCGGGCACUGCCCGAGGGCCCGGGGUCAGUAGGGGGCCCCAUGAGAUACCCCUGGUACCUUUUUCAUAGGCUUUUUUGAGUUUGGGCAAGGCCACAGGGGCCCCAUGAUCCCCUAUUGCCCGGGGACCCCAUGA